UUCUAGGACGAGGACCUUGAACACUCGAAGAACCGUGGUACAUUCAUUGAAAGGCGCUGACAGUAGCUCUCUGUUCUCAGCCCAUUUCUUGAUUAUCCAUCUAAAAUAACAAGAGGCGGUGUUCUUGGUCCUGUACAUAUAAUUAAAUCUUUGCACCCACACUCUGGGCUCGCUUGACAAGAACCAAUCUUCGGGCGGACUCCCUACCUGAAAAGCUAUAAGGAACGCCCAACACAAUAGCGCUUUUUGUUCCCCCCUCCGUCUCUCUUUUGUAUCCUGCUUUAGGGAGCUUCCCAACUACUACCGUGCUACUGUAUCCAUAUCACUAUAGACAUGCCAGCCGUCCGUCUUUCACACCGUCGACGCUCAUCCUUGGCCAUUACGGCUCUCCACCCAAUAAAGGCAGGCAUCUAUGGUAUCAACACGACUCCUUCGCCACGAUCAGUUACAUUUGCACCCAAUGUCACUCCAGUCACGUUUAACGAGACUGACGAGUCCUUGUCCUCACCAACACCAGAAUCUUCGUCGCCCACGACGCAGCUCUUCCCUCCUUCAGAGCUUCCCCCAACGACCACCAGGAGACGUGUACCUCCUGGCAAGCGCCGGUCGCUAGGUUACAUACCACGUCCCCCGAACGCGUUUAUGUUGUUCCGUGCGGACUUUGUCCGUCAGAAGCACGUUCCAGGGUCCAUCGAGACUAAUCAUGGUUCGCUUUCCAAGAUCAUCGGCAAUUGCUGGAGAGCGCUUCCUCUCGAGGAGAAGCGCGUAUGGGAGAUCAAGGCUAAACAUGCCAAAGCUGAACACAAGGCGCGGUAUCCUGAGUACCGUUUCCGCCCAGUCCACAACAAGAAUAAGGAAAAGAAAAAAGAAAAGGCUACACCCACCGCUGAAGACGAACGCCGCUGCGAAGAGGUUGCUCAACUCCUCCUUGACGGAAUGAAGGGUGACCAGCUCGCCGCUGCCAUCCGCAAGCUCGACGAAAACAAGGUACAUGCCCCUACGCCUGCCUAUCUUCUGAGGCGACCCUCUUCCGUGCCCCUUCCGGAUUCGCGGUUUGGUGCUGCAGGCAUUACCAUCCCAACGCUACCUUUCUUCGCAGGCUCACGUCCUGGGUCUCCUGUUGGAAAAAUCUCUCACUCUGCUCGCUAUAUCCUUGGUCAGCGCAGAGCUUCGAGUGCCCAACCGACUAUUCCCCGUCAUUGGGGCGUCGCCCCACCUGCCUCUUGGCAGCGCGAUGAGUCUCCCCUUCCGGAGGCAAACACGAGCUUGUUUGAGCCAUCAUUCUUCAACUCGAACUUUUCCAGCCAAACCAUGCAGUCAGACUGUGCAUUCAGCUUCAAUGAGAUGAUCUCCACGUUCCCUCCUCAUGCUCCUCAGGACUUCGGUAUUGCUCCCUUGGACCCACUUCAUGAUCUGUCAUUAGACAUCAAUGCCUUGAAUUUCAACCCGAAUGACCCCUCCGCCUGGAUGUCGGCAGAGUACAGCAACUCUCAGACUUCAUCCCCAUACUCUGGCUCCCCUGCACAUUCUGACAUGUCGCUGCCCGUUGCUGCACCCCAGCCACAGCAUGCAGUCGCCCAGUUCGAUCACUGGCCAGACAUGUCACAGCAGUACACUAUUCCUGUCAAGGGUCUGGACUGCUUGCAGGGGUCCGGUGAGCAGCAGAUCAUGGAGCCACAUUUCUCCGGCUAUUCAGCUGGCAUCGAGGGUUUGUUCCCAUCGCUCGGCGUCGUUGAUACCCAUGGACCUCCCAUGAUGGGUUUCGACUAUAACUCGUACUGCUUGUCUUAGCUCGGCGCGUAUCUCUAUCCCCGUCUCCACCUACACGAUCUAUCAUUGUAUGUAUAGCUAUUUCUUUUAUUAGCCUCGGAGUUUCCCCCUCCUUCCUUCCCUGUUUCUAUAUAUAUCCUUGGUUUGCACGGUAUCGUUGACUUGUAGCUUUAUCACUUGCUGUGUCAGAUUGGAUUGCGCAUCCACCCUUGUAUCCAUAUCGUCUCUAUUGUCUUGUAUGCUUGUAAACGAGCAAUAUUAUGAUACCCUGUUCCGCCUCGUUCUGGGGCGGAAAACGUCAAAA